AUGACGCGGAGCCACAACAUGAGUCGUGAGCUGCUUUUGCCUGCCUUACUGCUGCUCGUAUCGGUGAAUUACAGCGAUUCAGUCGAGUCCCGAUACUAUGCGACGGGAUCGGCAGAAUCCGGCAGUGUUCGAUACGAUGCACCGGACGACUGCAAAUACCGUGUGCUCCCCGAUAACGAUGUGGAUCUGAUAUGCAAUCUGCGAACGGUGAAUAGUGAGUUUGAUAAUACGAACUUCAGUGUUAUACCCGCGGAGCAUACGGCCGCACUGUCGAUCCUGUGUAACGAUGCAAUUUUGGCGCGCAGCAAAUUGCAGCCAAAAUCUUUUGCUCAUCUGGUGCGACUCAAGCGGCUGUCGUUAGAAUUCUGCAAAAUUGCCAAGUUCUCCAGUGAGGUGCUCAGUGGGUUAGGAGAACUACGAAACUUCACCAUCCGUACGCACAACAUCAACUGGCCGGAACUGAGCCUCGAGAUUGAACCUACCGCGUUCGGUCACACACGCGGUUUGGAGAUGCUUGACUUGAGCAUGAACAACAUCUGGUCGCUACCCGAUCAUCUCUUCUGUCCUCUCAAUGGGUUGCGAUCGCUGAACAUCAGUUGCAAUCGAUUGCAAGACGUGAAUGAUCUCGGAUUCCGAGAGCUCAAGCACGGGAAGGAUGACGGCAACAUCACAGGUUCGGUGGCACCACCCAUCAGCUGCGCUUUGGACCUGGAGGAUUUAGAUGUGUCACGGAACCACUUUGUGCUACUACCGGCCGCUGGUUUUGGUAUGCUUAAGCGCUUGAAGCUGCUGAAAAUUCAUGACAACGAAAUUUCCAUGGUUGGUGAUAAGGCAUUGAACGGAUUGAAAGACUUGCAGGUUGUGGAUCUAAGUUCGAACAAAAUCGUUGCUUUGCCCACGGAUUUGUUCAAAGACCCAGCGCAAUCGAUUCAGGAAAUAUACUUGCAGAACAACUCGAUCAGCGUGCUGUCUCCGGGAUUGUUUUCAAAGCUAGAGCAACUGCAAGCAUUGGAUCUAUCGAUAAAUCAGCUAACGUCGGCCUGGGUGAAUCGGGAGACAUUCGCUGGGUUGAUUCGAUUGGUGUUGCUCAAUCUAGCGGACAACAAAAUUACCAAACUAGAAUCUGAAAUUUUUUCGGAUCUCUAUACACUACAAAUUCUCAAUCUGCGCCACAACCAGCUGGACAACAUUGCGGCGGAUACGUUCUCGCCGAUGAACAAUUUGCAUACUUUACUAUUAUCGCACAACAAGAUCAAAUACCUUGAUGCUUACUCGCUGAAUGGACUAUAUGCUCUGUCACUUCUAUCGCUGGACAACAAUGCUCUUACGGGCGUGCACCCUGAAGCAUUUCGGAACUGCAGUUCACUGCAGGAUCUGAACCUGAACGGAAAUGAGCUAUCUCAGGUGCCUUUGGCGCUAAAAGACAUGCGAUUGUUACGUACGGUUGAUCUCGGAGAAAAUUCCAUCAGUGUCAUCGAAGAGCCUGGUUUCAGAGGAAUGAAUAAUCUGUAUGGACUGCGUUUGAUAAGCAACAAUGUCGAAAAUAUUACCCGCAAAGCAUUCAAAGAUCUACCGAGUUUGCAAAUUUUGAACAUUGCGCGCAACAAAAUAACUCAUAUCGAGAAGGGUGCUUUUGAGGCGGCUGUUAGCGUGCAAGCUAUUCGACUAGAUGGCAAUCUAUUGACCGACAUAGGUGGUCUAUUUACAAAUAUGCCAAGCCUCGUCUGGCUUAACAUAUCCGAUAAUCGGCUUGAGCACUUCGACUACUCGCAGAUUCCUUCUCAUCUGCAAUGGCUCGAUCUACACAAAAAUGAGCUAACGGAGCUGACAAAUCGUUACGCCAUGGAUUCCCAGCUUCACCUGCAGACACUCGAUGCCAGCUUCAACCAACUUACAAGAGUGACGCCAGCAACCAUCCCCAACAGUAUCGAGUUUCUAUUUCUGAACGAUAAUCUGAUAGUGCACUUAGAGCCCCACUGUUUCAUGCAGAAGACGAACCUCACCCGCGUAGAUUUAUACGCCAACCAGCUCACUGGAUUGGACAUCAAGGCGUUGCGACUGCAACCGGUUCCGGAAGACAAGCAGCUUCCGGAAUUUUACAUCGGUGGAAAUCCAUUCGUCUGCGACUGCAACAUCGAUUGGUUGCAGAAGAUUAACCAUGUCACCUCGCGGCAGUAUCCGACCAUCAACGACAUUGAAACAGUGUACUGCAAAUUAAUGUACAACCGCGAACGCUCCUAUGUCGCGCUUAUAGAAGCUGAGCCAAAGCACUUUCUGUGCAGCUACAACACACACUGUUUCGCACUAUGCCAUUGUUGCGAGUUUGAUGCGUGUGACUGCGAAAUGACCUGUCCGAAUAACUGCCACUGCUAUCACGACAACAGCUGGUCUACAAACAUUGUUGAUUGCUCAGCCGCUGGCUAUACCGAUAUCCCGAAUAACAUCCCCAUGGACACGACGGAGGUUUAUCUUGACGGCAAUAAUCUGGUCGAACUAUCUGGCCACAGUUUUAUCGGUCGCAAAAACUUGCGUGUUUUAUACGGCAACCACUCCAACAUCGCAAUGUUAUACAACACGACCUUCAUAGGAUUGCGCCGACUUAUAACUUUACAUUUAGAGUUCAACGUUAUACAAAAAUUGUACGGCUACGAAUUUGGUGCCCUUGAGAGUCUCCGUGAGCUGUAUCUGCAGGGUAACCGGAUUUCGCACAUUGAAGAUCACACGUUCAGCGAGUUGCGUAAGCUGGAAGUGCUGCGAUUGGAUGGAAACCGUAUAACUAGCUUCGAAGUUUGGCAGCUGGCAGCAAAUCCAUAUCUUGUGGAGAUCGCUCUCGCAAACAACGCAUGGACAUGUGAUUGCGGAUUUCUCAACAAGCUUCGGGUGUACCUGCAGUCCAACGCCGACAAGAUAGUGGACGCGAACGAAAUUUCCUGUGUUUACAACAACCUUACGAGUAUCCUGAAAGAAAAAAAUGGAACCAAAUGUACUUUCCGCGAAGGAAUGUCCUCGAUCGUACAUACACAGGAGAUAGAAGAUAUGCUGCCGCUGCUAUUAGUUGCUACAUGUGCGUUCGUCGGGUUUUUUGGUUUAAUAUUCGGCUUGUUCUGUUACAGAAAGGAGUUGAAAGUGUGGGUUCAUUCAGGCUGCCUUGGUUCGCUGUGCUACAAGUCCAGUACGUUCGUGAAUGAGUACGACAAAGAUCGGCUAUAUGAUGCGUACAUAACGUACUCGCUACAGGACGAGCACUUCGUAAAUCAAAUACUAGCAGCGACUCUCGAAAAUGAUGUUGGUUUCCGAUUGUGCCUGCACUACAGGGACUUCAACGCAGGUUCCUUUCUCGCAGAUACGAUCGUCGAAGCGGUCGAGAGUUCGAAGCGUGCUGUUUUAGUGCUUUCCAAGAACUUUCUAUACAACGAGUGGACGCGGUUCGAGUUCAAGGGUGCCGUUCACGAGGUGUUAAAGCGCCGCAGAAAGCUGAUCAUCAUCUUGUACGGAGACCUUCCGCAACGUGAUCUCGACGCCGAUUUGCGUUUGUACCUGCGCACAAACACGUGCAUCGAGUGGGAUGACAAAAAGUUUUGGCAGAAGCUUCGCAUCGCAAUGCCGCAAGUAAAGAAGAGCAACUGUCUAAAGAAACGGUCAGCGAUCAACAUUUACGCCACCGCAAAUGAAUACAACACGGCUGGCCGGCGACGUCUUCCUCCUGGGUGUCCAGCUGGCACACUUGAUACGCUGCCUUCCGUAGCAAUCGGGCCACCAGUCGCGGUCACCCGGCUAGAGCAGCACAGUUACGCCACAAUCGGCAACUGUCCGCGAAACUGUGAUAACUACGAUACGGUUAAUAAUUGUAAAUACAACACCACCCAGCAUCAAAACACUCACCAACCGCCGGAAAGGCGAGUAAACGAGCUCGGGCAAAAGGCCGCUGAUCGGCAGCACGAGUAUGCCAUUCCCUCCAGUUGUCUCCUGAACACGACAAACGAAGUGUACAGUGCUAGUUGUGAUCGCGUCGCAAGUGAAACAUUUGAGUGCACUUCCAGCUCCAAGUACUCGACGUCCUCAAGGGGAUCCAGUGACUGUAGCCAUUCGAUUUCCUCUAUACACGAUGUUUCGGGUGCUACCGCUGGCCAGUUGCCAAACGGCUCAUGUCCACCGAAUGGGCUGUCUACCACUAACUUUACAUACCAUCAUCCUACUAGCAGCAGUCGCAAACCCUCUAACACUGGUGGUGGCAGGUCGACAAAGGAUGCCAGCGAGGCGAGUAACUCGAAUGCGAACAAUUUCAAUGAUAGAAGACUGCCACAGGCAAUGUGGGCAUAA